UUACGUGGUAGGAAUGUGAACUAUUUUGAAUGUUUCGGCGUGAAAUUGAGAAGUAAGGCCUGUAAAUCGUUGUCAAUGCUCUUUUUGAAGGUUUGCUGCUUCGUGCGUUCCGUCCAGGGUUUAAGUGAAUUCAUAUUCUGCUUAAGAGAAUGAACAGUGAUGAGCACGAUGCAGAAGACCUUCAGCCACGGAAUGCACUGUGUCGUUCCCCCUCGUAUCAGCCACGCAUUACCCCAUCCGUGCCAGAGGUGUCCCUCGUAUUCAGCAAUACACCAUGGGUAAAUGACAGAACUGCUACAACAUCUACUCACAGUACACCUGGCUAUUUAUGUCAUGAGACCAGUGUACAAGAAAGGAGGAAUAUGGUACCUAGUACAGGCCAUGGUCGUGAGAAUUUGAACUGUGGAAGCUAUAAAUCUUAUUCUAGUCAUGAAGACAGUAAAUUGCUCCAACAUUCAACUCAUAAACGUGAUGGUAUUUCAGGAAAGACCAACUCAGAUUAUUUCAAUUUGUCACGUGCAAAUAUUCUCAGAGAUAACAGGACUAUAGAGACUGAAGUGGUUACAAAUUCCAACAGAACGUUCCUGCCAAGAACAUUUUUGAAUAAGUGCAAUACUCCUAACAGAAACAGAGACAUCCAUAGUGUACUGCAGAGUUCCUGUUCCAGUGAUAGUUCUGUAAGUAACAGAAAAUAUGACAGAUUUUUGUACCAACACAGUGGAUCCCCAAAGAUUGUAAGUAAUGAACAUGACAGAAGUGUAUGGCAUGAUGUGAACAGUCCCAGAAACAGUCAUGGUUUUAUGUACUCUUCCAAAUCUACGGGGGAUGAAUAUGGAGUGGCAAAAAGUAAAUACAAAAUGCAUCCAAAGAAGAAGAGUUCAGGACAGAAAUUUCCUUCAGACAGAGAGGAUGAGGAACAGAACAAAUGCUAUUUUAAUAAAGAGACUUCCUCACCUCAGCAACAAAUGACAUGCUUGAGGGUUGACCCAUUGUACAUCCCACAGGAAAGAACCAGAGCUGAGUGUUCUGCAUCCAUGCAAAAUUCUGUGCCAAACGAUCAGGAAGAUAUUGUCACUCCAUUGCCCUGCUCUUCGCUCCCUCAUGAACAAGGAAAAGACAGAGGUGUGAAGUUGUCUCCUGGUGCAGAUCUCAGGUGUGAAAGUCAGUUUCAGUUUCGUUUUCUUACCCAUCAAACAGGAAAUUGUAAUUUGGAAACUGAUGGUAGGAAUGCCAGGAACCCUACACAAUGUAUGAAUGUCAGAGAUAUUUCAGAGGAUGCUGAUACUUCAUACGAACAAUUGAAAAAAGUGAAGGAAUUAGACAGUAAUGAUAAAUCUUUAUCUGAUUUGUACAGUCUUAUUCAUUCACAAAAUGAACAACUGAGACAUUUACAGGCACAAGUUGAUACGCUGUUGCUAACGAGAGACACGAGUAGUUCUGCUGCCACUCCUGUCUGCACCAGCAUCCAGUCCUUGAAGAAGCAUGUCCAAGUGGUUGAUGAAUCAACACAGACAGUAAUUACUGAUAUUCACUGUGAUGCUGCAGUGAGCACGGACCCUACCCCAGUGGUUUCAGUUGGAGUCAUGACAACAUUGACUGAUGCUGCUGAUUCUCAGCAGCCACAAGACAUGAAGAGGACAGAUCAGCAUAACAGAAAACCAAGGUCAGGCAACAGUUCUGUUUGCUACCACUCUUCAGUGCAUGUCCCAGAAAGCCAUGAUGAGACAAUAUGUUUCAAUAGCCUGGAAUUAUCUACAGUUCAGGAACAGGCACCUAGCCCAGUGUCAUCCAUACAUGUCGACAUGCAUGACUAUGAGGAUGAUGAAGAAGACGAUGAUGACAUUGCUCAGGAGAUGGACUCAUGCAAGGAAGAUAACUCCCAACAGAGGAACAAUGAAGGACUCAACAGAAUAGGAUGGACCUUCUACAAUAAUGUUGUUGGUCAGGUGAAUAAGCUCCUGAAAGACUUGCCUCAUGACAGUGACCCCCGCAACAGAUGUGAUGAUGAGCACGACAGCCGCAGGUUAAAUAAAAAUGAAGAGGACGUCAAAAAUGCUACAAUGGACCAACUCAGAAAAAUGGGCAUAAGUUUUCAUAAUGCUUGCAGCAGUGAUGUUCCUGUUGAAGUCAGAAGGUUGGAAAUGAUGGUUCAGCAGUUCGACUCAUUACACUGCCCUCGUCUUGAUAUUGUGCCCAUUGCAACUGAAAGCAGCGAGUCGGAUACUAGCAUACAUAUUAAUGCUUUGGCCCUCAAGUACCUGAACCAUAAUGAGCAAGGGAAACAAGCUGAUAGAAUGCAAGAUGUAACAUUCUACAAUGUGGCAAUGAAAACCACGAAUUUGUCUCUUGGAACACUGAAGUACCUUGAACGGUACCACCUGCUGCCAUCUCAAGGUGAUGCUAAUGGAGGUGUUGUGCGGAUCAAGGAGAGCAAUAAAUUGUGCCACAAUGCAGGUGAACGAAUUCAGAGACUGGGUAGUGCCAGAGGUGACACAAAAGCAGAAGUUCCAUACCAACAGCUUCAGAGCUCUACAGACAAGAUACUUGAUAUUACAACCCUAAAAAAACAACCAAAACUGCUUUAAUUUUUUUUGUGAGCUGCAAGUAAGACCAUUGUAAUUAUGUAACUGGAUAUUCUCAAUUUGAUGUUUUCUAUAACCGGACUUCUCCAUAUCAUAAAACCUUGUUAAUUCAGAGUGCUUGGAGAUGAAAUAUUCAUAGUGAAUAAUGAUGUUUUUUGGUCAAAGAUGAUGAUGCUAUUAUCGCAACAGAUUGGUAAUGAAUAUUAAUUCUAUGAGGAAAAUCGAGGGAGGUGUCAUUUCCAUUGUGGACUUUUUCAUUUCCACAUAAAUUAAAAUCAGAAUAAUAAUGCAAGAACAGAAGGUACAGUUGUUAUUUCAGAAUUUUCUGUGCUUUUCUAUUACAUUUGCUCUUUUUAUUGAAACCACUGAGAGCUUAAGAACUUCUGUUUUGAAACAGACAACAUUCUGGUCUCAUGUGGCUUUUUCUGUGCACUGGGUCCGAUUUACCCUACUUCUUAUAUUCAGUGCCUGAUCAGAGCCAGCAGCCACCCUCCCAGUCAAAUUUCUAACUGUUUAUGAGCUUAAAGCGUGCUGUUCUCUUAAUAAUCAUAAUACUAUAGGGGUACACAAAUUAUUAAGAAGAUGCAAACUACUUCUUCACAACAAUUUGAAUUAUUGAGGUGCAUUAUGCUUUAAUUUUACUUUAAUUUUUACUUAAAAUUAUAAAUGAACUGAUUUUUUAACUAUCCACAUUAAAGAGCACAUGGAAUUGUAGAGGGUGAUUCUAAAUUAUUGUCAGAGUUUCUGUGAAAUCCAGGAAGCGUUUUCUCAAAGCCCACAAAACUUAACUAGACAAGCUUUUUUGCAGUAGGCUUUAAAGCUGGAUGAUAAAGCUCACCGUUUCCAAUUUGCUGAAGACAUGGGGAUAUGUUAAGGACAUUGUUUACAAGACCACUAUGACUUCUCUCGAAGAACUGAAGCUCAGAAUUGUUGCUGUGAUCGAAACAGUUACACCUCAAAUGUUGGAGAACUGGAGAAUACCACUUGGACAUCUUACAUGCCACAAAAGGCACACAUGUUGAAGUCAUUUAAUAUUCUGCAGUAUUGAUUCUAUAGGUUAAUGAAACUUUCUGAGUUACACUUUCAUAUUCAUAAGCAGUUUUAUUUUGUUGUUUCCAAUUUGAAAAUUAUAGACCAAGGAAAUCCCGACAAUAAUUUAGAAUCACCCUAUAUGUUCUUGAAUGGCGGCUAGCAAUGGCUUCAGGUUGAAUGAUAUUGUAACGUGUUUGGCUGACUGAAGACGCCGUUCAGAUUGUUAAUUGGUUUUAUUAACAACCUACAAGUCAUGACUACAAAUAAUUAGAACACUCUAAGGAUUACUGUAAUUUAACACAUGAAUAAAGUCUUCUAUACCUGCUUGCACUAGUCGUUGCUAGGUAACAGAUCUGAA